AUAAGAACCAGAAAUCAGGCAACUUUGCUUAAUUCUAUCACAUGAUGAGCCUGAAGCACUUUCCUAAGCAGGAGGAGGGACCUGUGCACCCUGACUUGCUAUGAGCCCCAGCUGGCAGCUUCUGAGAACUGAUUUAAAGUCUGGAGCUCAGAGCUCUAAUUAUUCCCAACUCCUGCCAGGAUGAAGUGUUUGGUGAGUGCGGCACUGGUGCUCCUGCUGCUGUUGCAGUUCUCUGGAACCCAAGCGGUUAAACGAUUUAAUGAUGUGAUGGUUCUUGGAAGGCAGCCCAGCUAUGGCAACUCUCAUAAGCGACUGCAUGGUUGGUCCCCUGGCAGCAAGUAUUGGGAUGAGAAAUUGUACCCUUCCUGGAAAGCUGGAGAUGCAAGAUGGGAAAAAUGCUGGAAAGGUGGCAAGGUGGUGGCACGUUUGACCAGUGACAGCCCAGCACUGAUAGGGUCAAAUAUAACAUUUGCUGUAAUUCUGCAGUUUCCCAGGUGCCAGAAGGAAGAUGCAAAUGGGGAUAUUGUUUAUGAAAGCCAGUGCCUAAAUGGUUCCGCUAGCCUUCAGGACCAAUAUGUUUAUAACUGGACCAAGUGGAAUGAUUUCUGUAACGAGGGGAACUGCAGCUUUAACAACAAGUUCCCAGAUGGCAGUCCCUUUCCAUAUCACCGUGACUGGAGGAGAAGGAACUUUAUAUACAUUUUUCAAACUUUAGGUCAGUACUACCAACAAUCUGGGGGAUCUUCAGCCCUGCUGUCACUAAAUACGACAAACAUUACUGCCGGCACGCAGAUGUUGGAAGUGUCUGUCUAUAGAAGAGGCCAUAAGCAGCAUUAUCCAGUUACCAAAGCAAGUUUGAUCUAUGUUGUUACUGAUGAAAUCCCUUUUUAUGUGAACAUUUCUCAAAAAAAUGACCGCAAUGCUUCAGACAGGAUCUUUAUUAAAGAUUCUCCAAUAAAUUUUGACAUCAAGAUCCAUGAUCCAAGCCAUUAUCUCAAUAAUUCUGCGGUAUCCUUUGCCUGGAAUUUUGGUGAUGGGAGCGGCUCCUUUGUGUCAAAUAAUCCUGUUUCUACUCACACUUACACUCUGCUUGGAAACUUCAGUCUCAAUCUGACCAUCAAAGCAGCAAUUCCCGGCCCCUGCAAACCACUGACCACAACCCCAGCUUUGCCGACCACUGCACUACCUAUGCCAACAACGACCGUUUUUCCUCGGAACACCACUGGAAAUGCCACAGAUGAUCCAGCACUGUUUACCACAGAGCCUGCUCCCACGGAGCCUGCUCCCACAACAACUACCACUUUAAGAAACACCACAACUGCAGUGCCCACAACAGCAGCAGCAGGAUGUUUUAUCUACAGAUAUGGCCAUUAUAGAACAAACAUAACAGUUGUAGAUGGCAUUGUAGAGGUAAAUAUUAUUGAAAUGACAAAUGUCCAGGUGCCUGCAUCUCAAACAGAAAAUGCUUUGAUUGACUUUGUCGUGACCUGCCAAGGAAGUUUGCCUACAGAUGUUUGCACACUCAUUUCCGACUCGACAUGCAUGAUUCCACAGAACAUGGUUUGUGAAGAAGUCCCUGCUGCAGAGCAGUGCUCACUAACCCUAAGGAGAGCCUUUGCAGAUCCAGGAACCUACUGUGUGAACAUUACUCUGAGUGAUGAUGCAAGCCUUGCUCUUGCAAGUACUCUGGUGUCUGUAAGUGGAGGGGCUGCAAAGCAAAAGACAGUGGCAGCUGUUUUGGUUCCUCUGGGAUUAGUGGUCAUAGCUCUAGCUGUGGUUGGUGCCAUUCUGCUCAAGAAAUACAAGGAAUACAGACCUAUUGACAAUGCAGCAACCAGUGAUACUCGUGGGCUAAGUGUGUAUUUCAGCCAAGUCAAAUCUGCUUUCUUUCCAGGAAACAAUGAGCAGGACCCACUUCUGAAAUCCAAGCAGGGGAUAAUAUAGGUUCAUUUACCAUAUGUCACUGUUCCAAACAGUUACUGUAAGACUUAACAAACCUAACUGGUGCUUAAGUAAAAUUAGUGGAAUUAUAUUUUAAUAAGUAAUAUUUCAAUUAGCACUUCAGUGUGACUGUUUAUAUCUUUGCAUAUUUAAACUGUUACUUGCACCCCAUACCACCCAUGUGCGGGUUGUGCAGUUUUAACACUGCCAAUAUGCCAUUCUAGGGCUGUGUUUGCCUGGGAAUGUGUUGUAUAACAGGCCUUCUUAAUAUUUAUCUGACUAAAGAUGAAUUUUCAUUUAAUGUUAAUUUUCAGCACUUCAUAUUAAACGGACUGUCUGACUAUGUAUGGAUUUCUGCACUGUGCAAUGUCCGUUUAUGCUAGAUUUGCUGUAUAAUAAAUACGUGCCUUUACAUUUAA